AAACAGUAUGUCAUCAAUUGUGGUGAUAAAUGUCAUUUGAAAGCAUACGUUUGCAUAUCUUAGCCUGUAAACUCGAGUGUUGACAGAAUGUCCAGGAAUUUUGUGUUAGAUUUAACCUGUUUUUUUUAUUGUGUCUCGGUUAAUGUAAUGCAGGAAAUGUUGAGUGGAGCUUUAAGCAGUGAUUUGUGUGCCCAGAAUCCCUCCCUCUGCUCCGUCUAUAUAAGAUCUCUGCUUCGCCGCACAGUCAGAUUCACUUUUUUUCCUCCACCUGAUCCUCCUGAGAAGACCUUCAACUUUUGGAGACGUCCAUCGGUCUUUGCAGCAGCGUGUGUCCGGGAGGAAAAAGCUGACAGAAGAUGCCUGACAAUGCUGUCUUUGAGCAUGAUCAAAUCUCUGAGGAGACUGGCAGGAAUGGGCAGAACGGGUCAAAGAUCAUCAUCAUGGAGCCCAUGAAGAAGCAGCACGGAGCCACGGUCAGUUUCCACAGCAUCCGCUAUAGAGUGGAGCAGAAAACCGGACCCGUUUGCAGGAGAACAACAGUCCAGAAGGAGAUCCUGCUGGACCUCAAUGGGAUCAUGAGACCUGGUUUAAAUGCUAUUUUGGGUCCUACGGGAAGUGGCAAAUCUUCGUUUUUGGACGUCCUUGCUGGCAGGAAGGAUCCCGCUGGUCUUUCUGGUGAAGUUCUCGUCAACGGAGCCCUACAGCCGGCCAAUUUCAAAUGUCUUUCUGGCUACGUUGUCCAGGAUGACAUUGUAAUGGGCACUCUAACGGUGAGAGAGAACCUGAGUUUCUCAGCUGCUCUGCGUUUGUCUUCUCAUGUCAGUCCCAGAGAAAAGGAGGCAAGAGUCAACCAUCUCAUCUCCGAGCUGGGCCUCAACAAAGUCGCAGAUUCCAAGGUGGGCACUCAAAUAAUCAGGGGGAUCUCGGGUGGAGAGAGGAAGAGGACCAGCAUCGGGAUGGAGCUGAUCAUUGACCCCUCUGUGCUCUUUUUGGAUGAACCCACCACCGGUUUGGACGCUAGUACAGCUCAUUCUGUGCUGCUGCUGCUCAAGAGAAUGGCGGGUCAGGGUCGCACCAUCAUCAUGUCUAUUCACCAGCCACGCUUCUCCAUCUACCGGCUCUUCGACAGCCUCACCCUGCUGGCCAACGGCAAACAAGUCUAUCACGGACCUGCUCAAGACGCCCUCGACUACUUCAGCAACAUCGGAUAUGCUUGUGAGGCUCAUAAUAACCCGGCGGAUUUCUUCUUGGACGUCAUCAAUGGCAGCUCAGUGACGAAGAUUCAGAAUAACGGAGAUGCGGAGUGUGACGUGUCUGCUGUCAGUCGUCAGUCUGUGGAAGAUCAGCUGAUGGAGAAAUACAGAAGCUGUAGCUUCGCUCGUGCUGUCAGAGCAGAGCUGGAUCACAUCAUCCAGACCAAAGACAGCAGCAGCAGCAGCGUCGCAGCCGAAUGCCACAGCAUCACCUACAGCAGCUCCUUCUGCCAGCAGCUCCGCUGGGUCUUAUGGAGAACCUUCUGGAAUCUCAUGCUCAACCCACAGACUUCAGUAGCUCAGUUGGCAGUCACGACUCUGAUGGCGGCCAUUGUUGGUGCCAUCUUCUACGGGGUCAAGGAUGACCAGAGUGGCAUACAAAACAGGUUUGGUGUUUUGUUCUUCAUCACGACGAAUCAGUGUUUCAGCACACUCUCAGCCGCCGAGCUCUUCAUCACAGAACGCAAGCUGUUUAUUCAUGAAUACACAAGUGGAUACUACAGGGUGUCUGUCUUCUUCCUGUCUAAAAUCCUGUCUGACAUCAUCACCCAGCGCACAAUCCCUAGUGUUCUCUUCAGCUGCGUGGUGUAUUUCAUGAUAGGUUUGAAGCCCACAGCAUCUGCGUUCUUCAUCUUCAUGUUGACGGUGAUUCUGGUGUCUUGUACGGCAGCGGCGAUGGCCAUGGCAAUAUCAGCUGACCAAUCAGUGGUGGCCGUCGCCAACAUCCUCAUGACCGUCAGCUUCAUCUUCAUGAUGAUCUUCUCUGGUCUGCUGGUCAAUCUGAAGAGCAUCAUGGACUGGCUCUCCUGGCUCAAGUAUCUCAGCAUCCCUCGAUACGGCCUCGAGGCGCUGGAGAUCAAUGAGUUUGUGGGCCUGAGCUUUUGUGGAAACGUGUCUGAAUCGCUGGCCAGUCCUGCUGCACACGUCCUCAUGUGCACAGGAGAGCAGCAUCUGACGUUUCAGGGAAUCGAUUACUCGUCCUGGGGUUUGUGGCAGAAUCAUGUUGCUCUUACAGUCAUGACGUUGAUCUUUCUCAUCAUCGCUUACAUCAAGCUCAGAUUCAUCUCCAAGUUCUCUUAAAUGCUCUGAUUUGGGAUUUCAUGUUCGCUUUAUGGAUCAUAUUAUAUGGACACACACACAACACCAACAUCAUAUUUUUUGUCUUUCUUGACUAAAGUGCGAACAUGUAUUGCGCUUUCAAAGUCAACAUGAAAUGAAAAUGAACUUAUAAGUACAAAUCGGUGGUCUUAAUGAAAUAUAUUGCUGACAUUAUUUCCCCACAAAUGCGAUCAGUUUGAUUUAUAGUUCCUUCUUUUUUUAUUCGAACAUAUUGCGAGACGUAAAUAAUAGAUGUAAAGUGGGUCGUGUUGAUUUGUUAGAACGCUAUUACAUCAGACAAAUAUAAUGAUAACAAUGAUACAUUUUUUAAAAUAAAUAACUGAAUCAUUUUAAUUGGCUAGAUUAAGUCUGAAAUUAUUAUAUUUUAACUGAAAGUUCACAUUUUAUACUAUUUAUUUCUAUAUAAAAUUUUUAGAGCUUGCUAAUUUUGUUUUAGAGAUUUCUCCUGCUUUUCGUUUACAAUAUUUUACUUUAAAAAAACACAACAUUUAAAUUACUUCAUAAUAUUUAUUGCAACUUCGGCCCUUUUCUUAGUGUCUGAAGCAUACCGUCUUUCUAGACCCCGCCUUUCUGUUCUGAUUGGUCAGAUCAAAGCCCUGUCUUUUCUGAUUGGCCAACCACUUACAGUGCAUGUCAGGCCCUUUCCACACAAAAAUCACUACGCAGUUUCACAAUAUCGGGUUACUAAAACCAAAAAUUUACGAAAACAUCAGCCAGGGUGAAGAUUUUCUAAAACUCUGAGUACAGUGCUGUCGUUUGGACACUACAACUGGAGUUUUCUCCUCAUUUGCAGUUGCUAAUUGGCCAACAUGAUCCUUGAUAGGCUGGGUUCAUACCAAAAGUGGAUUUCGCACAUUUGUGUCAAACAUAUGGCGUAUUCCGCAUUGUUCGACCACAGGACAGAAAAAGUUCUCACAUUAGCUUUGACUUACAUGCUAUUCACUCACAAAAUAAACGUAAUUUUCUAUUUCGUGUAAACUCAGCAUAAAAGUGUCGUUAUUGCCAUCUGUUGGUUCAUCGUGCACUGAAAAAUGACUCCCAGUGCGUUUUUAUGUGAUUUUUUUUUUUUUAAACGAAAGCAGGGAAAACUCCGUUUAUAAAACACCUGUGCACAUGUAGACAUGAACCAAAGAUGAAACUAUUUCAGCCUCCGCUACGACCACAGUGUUUGAAGGGUCUAAUUUCAGUUUAUUACACAGUCAAUUUACGUGGCUCAUUUCCUUCGAAUAAAGAGUCAUUUUAAAACCUUUGUUGUAAACAGGACUUGUUGUUCUUUUGUUUUUUUUUAUUCAAACAUAUUCCGAGAUGUAAAGUGGGUGUAUUCUGCAUUUUUUAAAAAUGAAAGCGGGGAAAACAGUUUAUUAAAUACACACAUGUAUUUUAUAAACUGAGUUUGGACAUGAACUAAACAUGAAACUCUUUCAGCCUCUGCUACGACUACAGUGUUUAACGAUCAAGUUUCAGUCUAUUAUACAAAUAGAAUUUACGUUAACACCUUUAUUGUAACCUGUUGUUCUUUCUUUUUUUUUAUUCCAACAUAUUGCGAGACAUGAAAUAAGAGACGUAAAAUAUCUUUAAAUCUUUCGUGUUGAUUAGUUAGAAUGCUAUUACAUGAGAAAAAUAGAAUAGUAACAACACUUAACUUAAUAAUUGAAUCUUUUUAAUUGGCUAGAUUAAGUUUGAAAUAAUAUUUUAUUUCUACUGAAAGUUACCAUAUUAAACUAUUUUAGAACUAUUUUAGUGCAGCAUUGUUGUGUGGACACUACAAAUAGAGUUUUCACCUCAUGGUGUCAGUGUGUGCGCUGUUGUCUCCUUUAUGAUUGGCCAACUUGAUCCCUGAUUGGGUGGGUCCACAACAAACACGAAUUUUGCACGUUUGCAGCAAACGUAUUGCGUAUUCCACAUUGUGUCAAUAUCGCCAUCUGUUGGUUCAAUGUG